AUGACAGGAGCUAGUGGCACUUCGUGUGGAGCUUGCAAAUUCUUGAGAAGAAGGUGCUCUAAAGAAUGCAUCUUUGCACCAUAUUUCUGUUAUGAGCAAGCAGCCAGUCAUUUUGAAGCUGUGCACAGAGUGUUUGGUGCAAGCAAUGUAUCCAAAUUGUUGCUGCAUCUUCCAGUCCCAGACCGUGCCGAAGCUGCCCUUACCAUUUCUUAUGAAGCCUUGGCUCGGAUGCAGGACCCUGUUUAUGGCUGUGUUGCCCAUAUCUUUGCUCUCCAGCAACAGGUGGCCUGCUUGAAAGAGGAGAUUGAACUGAUUGGGAAUCACAUGGCUGCAACUCUUGCAUUUGAUGUGGGAAGCUGCGAGAGUUAUCAAUUCACCGAGCAACAUUCCAACUCUGAAUUGGCAAUGUCUUCUACUGAUGUGAACCAAGAGAGUAAUAAACAUAAUAAUACCGUGAACGGACACAUCGGACCGAUUGGACAUACAGGAAACUUCAGCGCUAGCGAUGGACAGGUGAUUGGAGCAGAGCUACCUCAGGAAAAUGCUUGGGAGGAAGCCAUUUCCUUUCUCUGUUCAGACUCGAACAUUUCAGAGAUGUUCGUUCAAGAAUUUCAGCAAACACUUGAUGAUCAUCAAUAUUUCUGGACCGAUAAUAAUAAUUGGUGCAUCAGUGGGUUGAUUUGA